GAGAGAGAGAGAGAGAGAAGGAAGGAGAGUGUGUGCAUACUGCAUACAUGUCUUGCAUUGUGCACAGGCAGCCUUGAUUCCUUUGGUAAAGGAUCUUCGAUACUGGGAAGAACAUCUCUUGCGUAUCCAGUCUGUUUCCCAGCAAUGCAGAUUUGCAAGGGAGAUUUCAUUAGGGAUGUCUGUGUCUGCAGAGGCAGCUGUUGGCCGGUCUGUCGUUGGAUCUCCGGCUGCCUUUCCUGGUGGAUUUGACGAUUAUUAUGAUUUUAUUAGUUUUUAUUGGUGAAUCGGUUCUUCUUUAAUGAGCGUGUUUGUGUCCUGCUGCGUGAUGUACGCGGGACGAGGCUGCACUGCGGGGUCUUCGUCCAGCCCUCGUCUCCUCUCCAAGUCUCUCUCCCUCGAACCCAGCUCCUGUCUGGUGGGCAGGCAGACCCCCCACCGGCUCUGCUCGGACCCAGGGCCACUGAUCCCCCAAGACUGCAACGGGACGAGCAAGCACAACCCCCCCGCGCCCCCCAAACAGAGACCCCACACAGCGGGACCCAAACCUCAAGUGCCACCGAAGCCCCCUCACCUGCGGAGUGGGCGUCGCCCGAAAGGGGCGGGGCAGCACAAUCCCCCACCCCCGUCCCGCCCCCUGCCUGCGGAUCCUCGGGGGGACCGGGGGACCCUCGCCCGAACUGAAGGGGGCGUCACUCCUUCCUGCGUGCUGCCACUCAUCGAGAAGUUUGAGAGGGAGCAGAUUAUUCUCGUCCCUGACACCAGUGGAGUCUCACUGGGUCUGAUCAGAGUCUCGGAACCAGAACUGGACCUGAUCUCAACCCCCGACGGGGACCGGACAGAAAAACAGGGGGCAGAAGAAAGAGGAGGAGGAGGAGAGGGAGAGGGAGAAAGAGAAAGAAGGACAGAAAUGGGAGAAGGGGAGGAGAGCCCAAGCCUGGCCAGGGAUCCCCAAGAGGAAGCUUGCCGGCCAUCAGAAUCGGGCUACGCCCCGUCCGAUAGGCUCCUGGACCCCCUGGAAAUGAGGGACCUGCCGGCCAACCAAUCGGGUUGCUGCUCCGAGCGUCUGGCCCCGCCCCCUUCCAGCCUGAGCGACGGCAAGCUGGCCAGUCGGGACAGCGGGAUUGACAGCAUCAGCUCUCCAUCGCACAGCGAGGACCUGUGUUUCGCAGGAGAGGAGGACAGGGGGGCAGGGGAGAGGGAGAGACCACACCCCUCCCGCCCCGCCCACAGGGAGGAGAGGGGCGGAGACUCGGAGGGGGACAGUGAUUUGGGGGAGGGGAGCGGAGACGAGGAAAGCAGCGAGACCCCGAGUCAGAGCCAGUCGGAGGAGAUGCAAGCUGUACCCCCCAAAACAGAGAGACAGGAUUCUUCAGAGUUUUCGGCUCAGCAGAAAGUGUUCAAUAUUGCGAGCGAGCUCCUGCACACAGAGAAGGCCUACGUAUCCAGACUGCACCUCCUGGACCAGGUGUUCUGUGCCCAGCUCCUUGAGGAGUCUCGCUGUCACAGUUCUUUUCCCUCUGAGGUUGUCAUGAGGAUCUUCUCCAACAUCUGCUCCAUCCACUGCUUCCAUCAGCAGUUCCUGUUGCCCGAACUCGAGAAACGCAUGCAGGAGUGGGACUCGAACCCGCGGAUCGGGGACAUCCUGCAGAAGCUGGCCCCCUUUCUGAAGAUGUACGGGGAGUAUGUGAAGAAUUUCGACCGCGCCAUGGAGCUGGUCAACUCCUGGAUGGACCGGUCAGCGCAGUUCAAAGGGAUCAUCCACAAGAUCCAGAAGCAGGAGGUGUGUGGGAACCUGACCCUGCAGCACCACAUGCUGGAGCCCGUGCAGAGGAUCCCGCGCUACGAGCUGCUGCUCAAGGACUACCUGAACAAGCUGCCCCCCGAGGCCUCCGACAGCAAGGACGCCCAGAAGUCUCUGGAGCUGAUUGCCACGGCUGCAGAACACUCCAACGCUGCCAUUCGCAAGAUGGAGCGAAUGCACAAGCUCUUGAAAGUCUACGAGCUGCUGGGCGGGGAGGAGGACAUUGUGAACCCCACAAACGAGCUCAUUAAAGAGGGACACAUCCUGAAACUCUCAGCCAAGAACGGGACCACGCAGGACAGAUACCUAAUCCUGUUCAACGACAGGCUGCUGUACUGCGUUCCCAAGCUGUGCUUGAUCGGGCAGAAAUUCAGCGUCCGAGCAAGGAUAGACGUGGACAGGAUGGAGUUGAAAGAGACGAGCGGUGUUAACAUCUCCCGGACGUUCCUGGUUUCCGGGAAGCAGAGAUCCCUGGAGCUACAAUCCAGGACUGAAGAAGAGAAGAAAGACUGGGUUCAGGCAAUUCAGACCACCAUUCAGAAGCAUGAGCAGACACGAGAAACUUUUAAACUGCUCAACAUGUCUUUUAGAGAAGAGGACUACACCCCCCCUAACUCACCAAACACAGAUCUCGGGCGCAGGGCCCCCACGCCCAUUCGAGAGAAGGAGGUCACCCUCUGCAUGACGUGUCAGGAGUCCUUCAACUCCAUCACCAAGAGGAGGCAUCAUUGCAAAGCCUGCGGACAUGUGGUGUGUGGGAGGUGCUCCGAGUUCCGUGCCAGGCUGCUGUACGAUAACAACCGUCCGAACCGCGUGUGCGUGGACUGCUACACCGCGCUGCACGGGGCCCCGCCCACUCCGGGCUGCCCCGCCCACGCCCCGCCCACGAGACGGCGCUCAAUACUGGAGAAGCAGGCCUCAGUCGUGGCUGAGAACAGCGUGGUCUGCAGCUACAUGCACUUCAUGGAGAAGGGGGCGGGGCGUGGCUGGCAGAAAGCGUGGUUCGUGGUCCCAGAGAACGAGCCGCUGGUUCUGUACAUCUACGGAGCUCCGCAGGACGUGAAGGCUCAGCGCAGUGUUCCUCUGAUCGGGUUCGAAGUCUUGGUCCCGGAUGCUUCCGAUAAACUGGAGCGGCGCUCCGCCUUCAAGAUCAGCCAGAGUCACCUGACCCUCUACUUCAGCGCGGAGGGGGAGGGGCUACAACGCCGCUGGAUGGAGGUUCUGAGCAGGGCGGGGCAGGGGGAGGAGCCGACAGGAGGCCACGCCUCCAUCUCCAAGGCAGAGGAGGAAGGGGAGGGGUCAGCGGGUGAGAACACGUGAUCUCGGAGCAGCUUUCAAUUUUACAAAGCUCAAGAAAUUCCAAGACUUUAGAAUAUGCGUGGAGCACAGAUUAUUAUUUAUUGAGAGAGAGAGAGAGAGAGAGAGAGAGAGAGAGAGAGAGAGAGAGAGAGAGAGAGAGAGAGAGAGAGAGAGACUCGUACAGUCCACCAUAGCUCAAAGACUAGACUUUCUAACAAGCCUGAGAUUGGAAUAUUAAUAUAUUUUAUCUUGGCACCCCUUUUGAAAGUUACCAGGGUAAAUUUGCACGUAAUUUUGCAGUUUACCUCCAUGUUUAUGUCCUGCAUUUACCAUAGUUUACCAUGCUUUACCACACCUCUCUGUGCUUUACAAUGCUUUCCUA